ACACACAAGUCAGUCAUACACACGCUGACAUACACCAUCAACCCCCACCGCGAACCUACGCCAAAACACCACACACGCACACACGACAGCUCUGAGAGGCGAAGACCCGUCACAGACGGCUUUGAACGGGCGCCAUCGGAGCGGCAGGCGAUCGUCGACAGUACAGAUACACACAACACGCACGACCGAAGCGACGAAGAUUCGAUCAUUAAACACGUCAAG